UUAAAACUGUAUUUCAUGACCGGAGCCACGUAUGUACCUAUUUGAAGAUGCUGCAGGAUCCCUGAAAGGUGUCAUGUGACUGUUUGUCUGGUGCCCUGCCCCUACCAGGUGUGCCUCGCUCUUCUGACAUUGUGUGAACAGUAAAAUCAGCAGGCGCUGAAGGCAUCAGCCACGAGUAUUUAAGUGUGGAGAAGAUGUGACUGAUAUUCAGACCGGGGAAAGACGAGGAACCGCAAUCGCACCUCUGUGUCCAUUCCAGCUGUAGAGCGCUGAGAGAAUCACCCCUGAGCCAUGCGUCCUCUCGUGGUUUCUGCCAUCUUACUUCUGGUGGCUCUGAUGCACAUGGCGGAGGCUAACGUUGCUACAAUUUCUAGAAUCUGUAACAGCAAGUAUCCAGACGUAAAAUGCAACGUGAAAGACUGGUACAGGCUGGAUAACAAGCGAUGCAUGAAGAUCUACGUAGAACGCCUGACCUUUUCUGAUGCAGAGAAACGUUGUAAGGCAGACGGUGGGCAACUGGUGUCAAUACACAACCUUGACAACUAUGACAAAGUGCUGUGUAACAUGUUCAGGUUUGCUAUUAGGAAACAGGUUUUCUGGAUUGGAGCCAGGAGAGGUGGGCAUGGCUUUUAUUGGGUUGAUGGAAGUGGACGCAUGGGGUUCAGCAGAUGGGCGAGAUGGCAACCAGACAACUGGUUUAACAGGGAGCACUGUGUCGAGAUGAAUUACGGGAGUUGGGGACGUUGGAACGAUGAAAACUGCAAUUCCAAGAGGCCCUUUAUGUGUGCCAAAAACAUGUGAUCAUCAUCAGUAAUGUUUGAUUGACAAGAUGAUCUUUUAAAAUGUGCUGCAGCUGGGCUUGUUUCAUGGCAACCACUGCAAACAUGCAGCAAGUUUUAAGCAUUAAGAAAAAAGAACAAAAAAUGACUCCAAUAAACUAUCAGCAUCAGAAAA